CUCUCGUACAACGACGUGUACGAGAUGAAGGCCGAGAACGACACGGCACAGUAUGGCGUCCUCGUCGGCGGUCCCUCGCGCGUCAUCCCCAUCGCGCAGAAGCUCCGCAAGAGCUUUGAAAACAGUUUGGUCAUCUUUGCGGGCGACACCAUGUCGCCGUCGCUCUGGUCCGGCCAGUUCAAGGGUCUCCAGAUGAUCGAGGCUCACAACGCACUCGGUGUUGACUUUGCGUGUCUCGGCAACCACGAGUUUGACUUUGGCAUCGACGCGUUCCUCAACGUCUCGGCCGCCUCCAAGUUUCAUUGGCUCAACGUCAACGCGUACGAGGCCUCGACCAAGAAGCUCCUCCGCGGCACCCAACCGUAUGCGAUCAAGAAGUUCAACUCGACGACGAUGGGCACCAUGAAGGUGGGCGCUUUUGGCGUCAUGUACGACAUGCAGGAUACGUCCAAGGGCUUGUACUGGACGGACCCGAUCGAGGCGGCCAAAGCGCUGGUCAAGUACCUUCGCGAGGUCGAGAAGGUCGACAUGGUGAUUGCGCUUACGCACCAGUUCUUGGACGACGACAACCGCUUCUCGCAGCAGGUCAAGGGCGUCGACAUCAUUUACGGCGGCCACGACCACUCGGCGAUGCUCCAGACCAACUUUGGCACGCCGUACCUCAAGUCGGACCUCAACUUCCGCAGCGUGUGGAUCUCGGACAUCAAGUACUAUGCCCGGUCAACCGAUGCAGCCAACAAGGCGACGACGGCGUUCACCAAGAUGAGCCACAAGAACCUCGUGAUCACGAACGAGAUGCCGUCGGACCCGGCGUUUGACGAGAUCAUCAAGUCGUAUGACGCCCAGAUCAACGUGCUCUUUACGCGCACUGUCGGCGCGCUUUGCGCAUCGACGGACUUGACGACCAAGCUCCUGCGAUUCGGUGAGGCGCCGAUCGGCAACUUUUUUGCGGAUGCGUUCAAGGCCUUCCACAAGAAGGUGGCCGUUGAUGUCGGCUACAUGAACGCCGGCGGCAUUCGCACGGAGAAGGUUUGGCCGGCUGGUCCGUUCUCGCUCGGGGACCUCAUCUCGUGGUCGCCGUUUGGCAACAUGAUUGCGGUCAUCUCGACGGACGGCGCUAGCUUCAAGAAGUUUUUGGGCACCCAGUUCAGCCAAUCGUGCGCGAACCAAAGCCGAAGCUUCGAAAGCAACGGAUUCUACCCGCAACUCUCGGGCGUCAAGGCCGCUUUUGUGUGCAACGGCGUUGUCAAGGGCCAGGGCGCGCUCACGAGCCUCCAGUGGGACGGCGAAGUCAACGGCAAGUCGGGUGAUGUCAAGGACGGUGACAAGAUCAACCUGUCCUUCUCGACGUACAUGAAGGACCUCUUUGACCAGUUUGUCGGCGGGUCGGCCAAGUACCUCGUCGAUGCCGCCGAAGCGACGCGCAUCGACCUCGUCCUCGAGACGUACACGCAGUUCCAGGCGGGCGAGGUGUGUCCGACAGCCGCGAACCGCACGACCAUUUCCUACCAAGCCUCGACGGUCCCCAAGUGAGCCGAAGACCCGAACCCCUUAAUGUAACUUACAUGAGAAUAUUGUAUUUCCAAGAA